AGAUAAAUAUAUAUGGCACUAUAAAAACUCUGUGAUUAGUACUCAGUGUAGCACUUGUGUAUAAACUUUAAUUUUCGACUCUUCAGCACCAUGUUUUCGAAAUAUCUAUUUGGAUGUUUCUGUAUAAUCUUUCUAAUAAUAAAUAGUGCUAGUACCAAUCCAUUGGGAAGUUACGUUCCUAUAAAUGAUAAGGAUCUGAUUUUCAGUUUUUUACCCAGCACAAUGAAAUUGCAAAGAUAUGAGGACAGCCUUUAUUAUUUUGGAACAAUUUUUAAAGGAAACUUCUUUCAAUCCAUGCAGUUUUGUAAAUACCACGGAAUGGAUUUAGUCAGCAUCGAUAACAAAGAAGAAAACAAUUUUAUUUAUGACUUCUUGUCAGGUUUCUUGUCAUCUGGAGAUUACUUGUUCUGGUCAUCAGGAGUAAAAACCGAACCAGACAACCACUGGGUAUGGAUGGGUACAGGAAAACCCAUGACGUACAUAAAUUGGUUACCUGGUCAACCUGGUAAUACUGCAAAUGAACGGUACAUGGAAAUAAGAUACGUAAAUGGUAAUAGAGGGAUGGUUUUCAACGAUCAAAUUGCUGGACAAGCUAACCAUGUGAUUUGCGAAAUCUCUGUUCCUAGAGCUGUUGGUUUAUAAGUAUUAAUUUAAAAUUGUAUUACUAAGAUAAUUUCA